UAGUAUAUACUUUAUUUUUAAUUUUACUCUCUCUCUCUCUCUCUCUCUCUCUCUCUAUCUUCGUGUUCGUGGUUUGCCAUAGUUCUUCUUCUUGAAUCAGAUCUCUUCGUGGUGACUUCUCUGUAACCAAAAGAGAACCAUGGAGCUCAACUUCCUCUCUAGAGCUAUCUUCUUCUUCUUUCUUCUACUUUCUCUUUUUUCUUCUUUCUCAUCUUCAACUGUCAUCUCAGAUGGUGUCUUCCAAUCUCAGAGUUCGGUUACCGGAAGAAACCUGCUUCAGACCAAGAAACCAUGUCCUGUGAACUUUGAGUUUAUGAACUACAAGAUCAUAACCGACAAAUGCAAAGGUCCCAAAUUCCCACCAAAGGAAUGUUGCGCUGCCUUCAAGGAAUUUUCUUGUCCUUACGCUGACGAGCUCAACGACCUUAGCACAGAGUGUGCUACCACUAUGUUCAGUUACAUCAAUCUCUAUGGUAAAUACCCGCCUGGUCUUUUCGCUAACCAGUGUAAAGAAGGCAAAGAAGGUCUUGAAUGCCCCGCUACGUCUCCCUCUUCAGCUGAUGAUGCAAAUGCAAGCGCAGCCGUCACAGCUUCUUCUUCUUGUCUUUGGCUGACCGUUUCCGCGGCUUUCUUGGUGUUUAUUUAGCUGUACUGAAGCCGAGAACAUGCUUCUUGUAACAACCCGAGGAAGAGAGUAUAUGUAUAUCCACGAUUUGUUUUGCUGUUUUACUGUUUCAUUCUUUUGAUUUUUAGGGACUUCAAAAAAUUCUUAAUGAUAACUUUAUGGCUUUUGUGUGUA